CCCCCACCUUCCACUACACACGAAACGCAAAACCACCACCAAAAGCGCCAACCACCGUCCCGCGCCAGCGAUGGCCCCCAAGCCGGCGGAGAAGAAGCCCGCGGCGGAGAAGACGGCCGAGAAGGAGCCCGCGGCGGAGAAGGAGCCCGCGACGGAGAAGGCGGCCGAGAAGCCCCCGGCAACUGCCGGGAAGAAGCCCGAGGCCGAGAAGCGUCUGCCGGCGGGAGAAACGGCCUUCAAGGCGGGCAAGAGGAGGAAGGAGACCUACAAGGUCCACAUCUACAAGGUUCUCAAGCAGACGCACGGCAACGAGCUCGGCAUCACCUCCAAGGCCAUGGCCGCCAUGAACUCUUUCGUCAACGACAUGUUCGAGAGGCUCGCCGCCGAGGCCGGCAAGCUCGCCCGCUACAACAAGAAGACCACCAUCGGCCCCCGGGAGAUCGGGACCUCCGUCCGCCUCCUCCUCCCCGGCGAUCUCUCCAGGAUUGCCUUCGAAUGUGGCGACGCUGCCGUCGACAGGUUGAAAAACUACAACGUAUCUUAUGUAUCUCCGGAGGAAGAGUAAUUGUUGACUUUGGUUACCUGCAUGUCAUUUAAGUACUAGUGCUGGAUAGAAGUUGCUGAACGGUUGCUUGGCUCUACCAUGGCACCAAGGCCGUCACCAAAUCCACAUCAUCUUAGAUCGUGUUCGUAGUAGAAAUGUGUAGAUGGUUCUGUUACUUUAGUGGUUGUUGAAUCUGGCUAUCUGCAAGUCGUUGAAGUAUAUAGUUACUGGUGGAUGCAAGUUGCUGAAUGCAUGAUUGCUUGUCUCUCUUGUUGUAAGAACUGAAUUUGUGAUGCUCUUGUAAACUGGAGACUUG